GGAUUUUGGCAGUAACAGUCUUGCGGGCUCCAUUCCCGACAGCAUCUCGGCUCUCACGGCACUCUCACACCUGGGUCUCAACUCCAACUCUCUCAACGGCUCCAUUCCCUACUACAUCUUCGACUGGCUCGAUGCACUCACAUACCUGAAUAUUGGCUUUAACUCUCUUGAGGGACCCAUUCCCAACUCCAUCUCUGCGCUCACGGCACUCAAAGCACUGUUUCUCCGCUCUAGCUCUCUCAGUGACUCAAUUCCCAACAGCAUCUCCGCUCUCACCGCGCUCAAAUUCCUUGAUCUCAGCUCCAACUCCCUCGUGGGCUCCAUUCCCGACAGCAUCUCUGCGCUCACGGCACUUGCAUCUCUGGAUCUGAGCUCUAACUCCCUCACCGGCUCCAUUCCCAACAGCAUCUCCGAACUCUUAUAUCUCGGGGCACUGGAUGUGCACCAAAAUGAAUUUUCCGGGAUCAUUCCAGCCACACUUGGGAGUCUUGCUCAAUUGGACUACCUCAACACAUCUGGCACCAGCCUCACUUGUCCUGCUGCUGACAGCACCACCUGCGCCCAAACCUUAUCGCCAAAGGCGGCCUUCUGCCAAGAUUGUGGCACCACCUGUUCUGCAUGCCAGCAAGAAACAGCAGCACCACCAGCAGCACCAGCAGCAGCAUCUGGAGGUGGAGGGGGUGUAUCAGUGGGAGGCAUCAUUGGCAUUGCUGUUGCUGCUGUGGUCGUUCUCCUCCUGCUUCUGGCUGCCAUGUUGCUCUGCUUCAGGCACCAGAAGCGGCAAAGCUCAAAAUGGGCCAGCCUGGCAGCCUCGCACUGCACGGAGUUCUCGCUAGCGGAGGUCCUCAAGGCCACCAACGACUGGUCCCAGGACAACCUGCUUGGCUCGGGUGCCUUUGGUGAUGUCUACAAGGGCGUCUCUCCCCGCGAUGCCACCACACCCUGGGCUGUGAAACGCGCCAAGCUCAUGGGCGCGGAAUUCCAGAGGGAGGUCAUGCAAAUGGCCGACAAGAACCAUCCCAACAUUGUGCGACUGCUUGGGUUUGCGGUGGGAGGGGACGUCAGGUCUAAGAUAGAGCAAGUCCUCAUCUAUGAGCUUGUGUCCAAUGGUGACCUUGAGAAGUGGAUAGGACCAAAUGCACCUGCUCCUCUGAGUCUGAAGCAGCGGCUAGACAUCCUCAUUGGUGUUGCACGUGGCUUUGAGUAUCUCCAUAGCUUCGACCUUGUGCAUCGCGACAUCAAGCCCGCCAACAUCCUCAUCACCAGCGACAUGCAGCCCAAGAUUGCAGACUUUGGGCUGGUGAGGGUGGAAGAGGGCACGACAGUGGGCACGACUCGAAUCAUGGGAACACCGGGCUAUGUGGAUCCGGUUUACAACCGGACGUCCAAGGCCACCACAGCCAGCGAUGUCUACAGCUUUGGUGUGCUCAUGCUUGUGGUGCUCACUGGACGGUCUUUACUUUCCCAGGAUGCUGGGGAGGCCAAGCACAUUGUGGUGUGGGUAUCCGAGUGCCUGUCGUCGGGUGGUUCAGAGAGCCUCAAGCACCCCACCAUGGACGCCCCUGGGGAUGUUGUGCAGUACUUGGCUGAGCUGGCAGUGAGCUGCACCGUGGAGCGCACUGCAAGCCGCCCAAGCAUGGCGCACAUUGCCACCCAGCUGCAGGCUGUCAGGGAGAAGGUGGCGGGGAAAGAGGAAUCUGGCGCUGCCAUCAAGGUGGAUGCGCAGGUCCAGGAGAUGAAGGAUAGUGUUGCGGGUGAGGACAGCCUGGAGGCACAACUUCAAAUGAUUGCGGAUAGGGGCAGCUUCAAAUGA